UGAAGUUGCUAGGAAGUCGCAUCAUCACGUGACUGCAAAGUGUAAUGUGCAAAUCCGUUUAAAAUUUUCAUGAACCCGUAACCAAUUCUCGUGCAAGCCGAAUGAAAAUUAAAUAGUGAAAUCGUUACAACGUUACAACGUUUGUCUCCGUCAUUUCUAACGAAACGUACGGGAAAAUAAAUUAUAAAAAGAUUCACAGCCGAAACAGUGCAUACAGAGCGCAUCGAUCGUUCAUUGGUCAGUACAGCGGACAAACGAUCGUUUAUGAAAACUAUCCCGUAAGCGAGGCGAAAGAUCUUGGUCGAAUCGAUGACUGUUCGUCAUUCCAAAAAUUGUAACGAUCGUAAUCGAAAGGAGGUUUUAUCUGGUCGAGUGGAUUAAAUAAAAGUAUCGUGCCAUUUACAAGAAAGGGCCGUAAGGUGGCGGAUACGGUGAAGCACGACAGCGCUACCUAUAUCUUUGGGACAAGCAAGCGUGGCUAAUCAAAGCACUAAAAGGAAAAUGAGCAGCUCCGAGGAGGUAUCCUGGAUUUCGUGGUUCUGCACCCUCCGUGGCAAUGAGUUUUUCUGCGAGGUUGAUGAGGAUUAUAUCCAAGAUAAGUUUAAUUUAACUGGACUAAAUGAGCAAGUACCACAUUAUAGACAAGCUUUAGAUAUGAUACUUGAUCUCGAGCCGGAAUCCUACUGUGUUAAUAUAGAUGAUGAAUUGGAUGGACACCCGAAUCAAACAGAAUUGGUUGAACAAGCAGCUGAGUUACUUUAUGGGCUAAUUCAUGCCCGUUAUAUUCUUACCAAUCGAGGCAUUGCUCAAAUGGUUGAAAAGUAUCAAUCCGGCGAUUUUGGUUUUUGCCCACGUGUUUAUUGCGAAUCUCAGUCCAUGUUGCCAAUAGGCCUUAGUGAUGUUCCUGGGGAGGCAAUGGUGAAAAUUUAUUGCCCCAAAUGUAUGGAUGUAUAUACACCAAAAAGUUCACGGCAUCAUCAUACCGAUGGAGCAUAUUUUGGAACUGGAUUUCCACACAUGCUUUUUAUGGUUCACCCAGAGUAUAGACCAAAACGUGCAGCAAAUCAAUUUGUACCUAGGUUAUAUGGCUUUAAAAUACAUCCUCUAGCAUAUCAGAUGCAGCAACAAUCGGCGUCAACGUUCAAAGCACCGUUGCGGGCUCUUAAUAAUUAUAACAAUGGAAAACGUUAAGAGCAUUACAACAUAGUCCAGAACAUUUUUUUUUCAUUAAUCAUACAAUUCCUGAUUUCGUCCCUAAGAAUUAAAUGAAAUAUUAUUUUUUAUAUCGCUCUUUAUACAUCUUAGCAAGGCUCUGAAAUAUACUGUUCGUUUCGUUCAAUUACCGAUUACGACAUUAAGCGCAACACUCUAUACUUUUCGGGUUUUCCACGGUAUUUAUAGUAUGCCGAAAAGAUUAAAGAGUGAUAUAUUAAAUUUCUAAUGCUCGUUACGCGCCGUGCUCGUCUUUAUUUCAAUUUUAGUGGCAAUUUUUCUUUCAUGUUGCAAAUUAUAUGUGUAUCGUUACAUCCAGUCUUGUCCAUUAAAGCAAACGAUAAAAUGCAUACUUAGGAUAAUUACUAGAAUAUAAGGGAACAGAUGUUUGUUUAGAUGAGUUUUGCAUCUCCGAGAUUGCUGUCUACUAGUUAUUGCGCGUAAUAAUGGUCACGGAUGAUUGAUCGAAAAACGGAGGAACAGAUAGCAUCGGAUCCUGAUUAUUCGGACAGAGGAAACGAUACAUGAAUUGAGAAUUUGUUAAAUAUAAUUUAAUUUAAUUAAGACGUAAUAUUAACUUAAACUGUGGAAGAAUCAUUUCAUUUAUACAUGAUUUAUCUUAAUAAAGCUCAGAUGAAAGAUAUGGAGUAAGAUUAAAAGCAAAGACUGCACAAUGUUCUAUAUAAUCUUCU